GCACUCAAAUAUGGCUACCGUUGGAGUGCGAGCUACAACUUUAAUAUCUGUGUCUUAUUAGCAAUUUUUUUGAACGACACGAUUUCUUUUGAACGGAAUAUUCGUUGGGAGAUAUUUCUUUUGAUUGUGGGACGCGCUGAAUUUGAAAACUGGAUGGAAAUUGAAUCUAUUUUGGAUGUGUCUGUGUAAACAGUGGUGUCUAUUUUUUUUUUUUUGUUCAAAAUUGCCAGCUUGCCCAGCUUCAAAAACGGAAUAAUUUGGAUUGAAGCUCGCGCUUUCUAUGGUUUUGUUUGUUAUUUUUCAUGGAAAUAAGGGUUUCUGCCACUGCCACGGGAUUAUAUAUCGCAAAAAAUCGGCUUUUGGAGCCGAGCAUCGUUGGGAAGAAAAGCCCAACAGCGCAGGGAUGUAAAAACCCUGAAGGAUUUCGCGAUGUGGGGAUGAAUAAAGCGGAAUAAAAACAAAACUGCACAACUCCAAAUCAGCAGGGAUUCCAAUUAAGGGAAUUGCUUUUCGGAUAUUUGGAUGUUACCGUUCCAUAUUUGACCAAGAUUUGGAGUAUAAACUGGAUUUUUCUUUCUCAAACCAGGAGUCUUAAUGUCGACAUAGUGGUCUAUUCCCCCAACCCCCCUUCUCCUCCUCAACCUCCUCCUCCUCCUCCUCCUUCUUCUUCUUCUCCUCAGAAAACACUAAACAAAAAAAAGUGCUGUAUGUCCUCAAACCGUUAUUGACAUGAAGGACAUACAUUUCUAGUGUUUUUAAAAAAAGAAUGUCAUCAGAGGAGAAGAUUCUUGAUUCCUCUGAUAAAGGACCCUCGCCACCUGUGGGUGGAUCUGUGGCCACGCCCACAGGAAGUCCCGCCCACAACGACAGGCGGCCCAGAGGCCGGCCUCGAAAGGAUGCUGGAUCCACACCCAGACAGAGGAAGAAGAGUCGAGGCAGAGGGAAGGCCCUGUUGGAGGAUGAGGACAGCGCUGAUGGGAUGGACAUCGGAGGAACGCAGGAGCUCGACUGUAGAGGAGUGCAGCAGGAGGAGUGUGAGGGCGUGGCCACGGCGUCUCUUCCCGGAGACGGAGAGGAGGAAGUUCAUCCUGUGCCGCUCGUUUCUCCGAACCUGGAGACAGAGGAGGCGGGAACAUCAGCGGCCUGUGGAGGAGCUAAAAGCAGUGAGCGGCUCUGUGCCUUUUGUUACUGUGGAGCACGAAGUCUGCUCGGUCAGGGUGAACUGAAGCUCUUCAAGGCCACGCCGGGAUGCGACCCUCCGCUCCGCCGUAACCAUGACGACAGCCAAUCAGGGAGGCCUAGGGGACUGGAGAGCGGCGGAGCAGAGGAAGCGGGCCGCAGGUCCUGGGACGAGCUUCACCACGUCGGUUUACCAGAGGACGUAGACGUCCAGUCUCUCUUCGACGAGUCAGGUCAGUGCUGGGCCCAUCAGCGGUGCGCUCUGUGGUCGGAGGGCGUGUGUCAGGCAGAGGACCAAUCACUGCUCUACGUGGACAGAGCCAUCCACUCAGGGAGCACAGAGCAUUGUGCAUAUUGUAAGCGCCUUGGAGCAUCCAUUAAGUGCUGUGAGGAGGGGUGUGACCGCUCGUACCAUUAUCCGUGUGCAGGGGGAGCCGGAACCUUCCAGGACUUCAGGAAGCGCUUCAUCCUGUGCACGGACCACAUCGAGCUCGCCGUCAGUAAAUCAGCGGAGGAGGCGAACUGUGUGCUGUGUGAGAGUCCGGGAGAUUUAAUGGACCAGCUGUUCUGCACCAGCUGUGGACUUCAUUACCACGGCAUGUGUUUGGACAUCAGCGUGACUCCUCUGAAGCGAGCAGGCUGGCAGUGUCCGGAGUGUAAAGUGUGCCAGACGUGCAAGAACCCUGGAGAGGACACGAAGAUGCUGGUGUGUGACAUGUGCGAUAAAGGCUAUCACACCUUCUGCCUGCAGCCCGUGAUGGACUCCAUUCCCACCAAUGGAUGGAGGUGUAAGAACUGCAGGGUGUGUGUACAGUGUGGCACUCGGAGCAGCAGUCUGCUUUGUGAGAGCUGCUCCGGGCAGCACGACUCAACUCAGCUCUGCUCUCUGUGUGCUGGAAGCCUGGACACCGAGCUUCAUAAAGACCUCCUCUCCUGCCAUCACUGCAAAAGGUGUUUUCAUGUUGAAUGUGAGCGGCAGGUGGAGGGUCACGUGGAGCUCCAGAGCGGAGAGGAUUACGUGUGUUCGAUGUGUAAACACACCAGCUUUGAGCCAGUUUCCACACGUAUAGAGACGGAGGAGCAUGAAGCGCACGUGGACGUUGACACGGAUACUCAACCAGCACAAUCAGAUAUGGACUGUGAACCCGCUCAGAGAGGCAGCACAGAGCCAGGCCAGACGGUCACCGAGCCACAGUGUGUGGUGGAGGACGUGAUGGAGCACAAAGAGUCCGAGGUGUGUGCAGAAACGAGCCGUGAAAAACCCCAGCAAGCGGCCAGUGAAGCGUCACCAAAAGGACCCACGGGUGAGACGUUUCCAGCCACAGAGCCUCCUCAGGACACAAAGCCAGCUGGUAGUCCAGAAGCUCCUCAGCAGGAGCCAGAUCCAUCCCCUGAGCCGCUCUCAAUCCAAUCUUUCACUCAGUCCAUUAAGGCAGAGUUGCCUCAUCACCCAGAGUCUGGACCUCCAGAAACAUCAUCUCUCCAACGGGAGGAGCUCAAAUCGAGUCUGGAGGAGAAAAAAACCAUCACAUCAGCCACCAAAGACCUCAAAUCAGUGUCUGAACCUUCUAAUGAGGAGCCUAUGGAAAUAUCGUUUUCUGAAAUUACAGAACCAUCCACGGAAAAUAAAGCAAGUUCUGUGCCAAAGGUAGAGGAGGAGAAGAACGUUUGCCUCGUUGAGGAGAAAACGUCUGAGAGCCUCACAGUAGAGGAGCGAGAAAAGGUUUCUGAGGGCCUCACAGAAAGGGAUGGUGAAAGAUCUAUGGAAGCUCUUACGUCGCAGGAGCGAGAAAGAGUCACGGAGGAUCCUGCUGUGCAGGAAGGUCAGAGAUCUUCUGAAAUCCUCACAGUGAAGGAAAACCCUUUUGAAGGCAUCCCGGUGGAGGAACACACAAAAUCUUCUGAUGGCAUCCUCAUAAAGCAGCGUGAGAGAACCACUGAGGAAUGUAAAAAGUCUUCUGAAAGUCUCUCCGUGGAGGGACGUGAAGGAGCGUCUGACGGUGUCAAAAUGGAGGUUUCUUCUGAAGGCCUCACGGUGGCGGAAUGUGAAAGCCAUGCAGUGAAGGAGCAUGAAAAAGGCCUCACGGAGGUGGAGAACUGUGGAAGAUCUUCGGAAGAGUUUACAGUGGAGGAACGUAGAAGACCUUCUGAAGGUCUUCCUGAGGUGAUGGACUUCAGUAUGGAUGGUGAGAGAAGCUUGGCGAAGCUGAGCUCGCUGGUGGAAGAGAGAACGUCUCUAAAGCCAUCAGCAGUUAGGCAGCCAGAGAGUUUUCACUGCUCCGUAAUCAACCCCCAAAGCCUGUCUGCUCCUGGGGAACCAAGCAGCAAUGUGCCUUCAGCCACAUUCAUACCACUCACGCCCAAAAUCGGCAUGGGCAAACCUGCCAUCUCCAAGAGGAAGUUCUCUCCUGGAAGACCCAGGGUCAAGCAGGGAGGAUGGAGUGCGUCUCCUAGACUGAGCUCCCCCUCUCCGUCCCCGGUUUGGGACGGCCCAAAAAGCAGGCAGGACCACAGUAUGGGCGUCUGGAGCAUCCGUGUGGGCCGGGGAUCAGGCUUCCCUGGGAGGAGGAGACCCAGAGGGGCGUGGCUUACAGGUCGAGGUGGGCGUGGCCGAUCCAGGAUGAAAAAUGGAGUGGGUCCAGUGCCAGCACCGGGAGUGAACGCCAUGGAGCCGCAGAUAUAUCCGUUCCGAGAGGAAGAGGAGAACUCCAUGCACAACACGGUGGUGAUUUUCUCCAGCACGGACACGUUCACGUUGAAACAGGACAUGUGUGUGGUGUGUGGGAGUUUCGGUCAGGGUGUCGAGGGCCGCCUGCUCGCCUGCGCCCAGUGUGGACAGUGUUACCACCCGUACUGCGUUAACAUCAAGAUCACUAAAGUGGUUCUGAGUAAAGGCUGGCGGUGUUUGGAGUGUACGGUGUGUGAGGCGUGUGGCCAGGCGAGCGACCCGGGGCGCCUCCUGCUGUGUGACGAGUGUGACAUCAGCUACCACACCUACUGCCUGGACCCGCCCCUGCAGAACGUCCCAAGCGGCAGCUGGAAGUGCAAAUGGUGUGUAUCGUGCACGCAGUGUGGCGCCACGUCGCCCGGUCUGAGGUGCGAAUGGCAGAAUAAUUACACUCAGUGUGCGCCAUGUGCCAGCCUGACUUCCUGCCCCGUCUGUCUGCUGGACUACAGCGAGGAGGAGAUCAUCCUGCAGUGCCGCCAGUGUGACAGAUGGAUGCACGCGUCCUGUCAAGGCUUUCACUCCGAGGAGGAGGUGGAGAAAAUUUCCGACAGCAGCUUCGACUGCAGUUUGUGCCAAGGCCAAGGCUCGCUCUCUCCAGCAUCAGCAGUUAAACUGCAUGCAGAUUUCUCCUCAGAGCUUCCUGUGACUCCACAGAUUGCUACAAAGCCAAGGGAUCUGGGUUUGACGAGGACGUACACGCAGGACGGCGUGUGUCUCACCGAAUCGGGUCUGUCCCAACUCCAGAGCCUGGCCAACUCCGCUUCUAGGCGCAGGAGGACGAAACCCAAGCUCACUCUGAAGAUCAUUAACCAGAACAGUGUUGCCGUGCUGCAGACGCCGCCGGACCAUCAGAGCGAGCUCUCCCGAGACGUGGACGUCGACGACAGCAGAGAAGCGGAGCUUAUGGAUGGAGAAGGGAAGUCCGAUUCGAGCCCAGAGAGAGAGAUGGCAGGAGAGGACGAGUCUAAAGGAGGCGAGAGCUGUAAAAAGAGGAAGAGGAAGCCGUAUCGACCUGGUAUCGGAGGCUUCAUGGUGAGGCAGAGGAACCGAACUGGCCAAAGCAAAACCAAACCGGUUCUGAGCAGGAAGGACUCGAGCGGCUCCGUGUCUGAAACUCAGCAGGGCAAAGAUGAUGCAGGCUGGGCCGAUCUGAUGCCCGACGUGCCAAUGGACGAGAAAACUUCCGUCUCUGAUUUCCCUGAAAAUCCUGAGGUUAAAGUGCGGAAGCGCUACAGAAAGAAGAAGACCAAGCUGGAAGAAGCGUUUCCUACAUACCUUCAGGAGGCAUUCUUUGGUAAAGACCUUCUGGAUAAGAGCAAGCAGAGCAGGCAGGAGACCACGGGCCUGUUAGAGGAGGGUAAGGACAGGAAGCAGCAGAACCCUGGUGUGCUGAAGCUGCCCUUGAACCCCUCACUCAGCACAUCAACACCACAUCCCAGUAAAGCUGCAGCACCACGGAGUUGCGAGGAGCCGCUGGUGGAUCUGUCCGAGGUGCUGAAAUCAGACACAGAUCUGUUGGGAAUGUUGUCUGAUAACAUGGGCAAACAGAGCGAGGAGUCCGGUCUUGAUUUUUGCCCUUUCCAGGUUGACUGCUCUCCCUCUCCGUUUGCUGGACUGGACGUUGCUCCUCUUACAGAAGAGGCUUCAGUUUCUUCUCAGUCAAACCAGGGACGAGUGUCUCAUCAGGACGAGCCGCUGGACGGCAUUCUGAGCCCCGAACUGGACAAGAUGGUGACAGAUGAAUCCAUUCUGAGCAGAUUGUAUAAAAUACCAGAGCUGGAGGGAAAGGAUGUCGAGGAUCUCUUCACCGCCGUGUUGAGCCCCAGCACCACCCAGGCCACUCAAGCUCCUCCCCAAACCCAGGGAACACACACUAUACACGGGCAUCCAGGACAGGGGCCUCCGCCCACCCAGAUCAACUCAGGAAUGUUUCCAAGAAUGCCAGUGAUAAAUGGACUGAUGAGCCCCAAUCAGCAGUUCCCUCCAUCACAGAUGCCUCCCGGAGCGGACGUGGCGCAAAACUUCCCUCCCAUGCAACGCAUGCCUUUUUCUGACAAUCCGAGGGACAGGAAGUUUGGUCCAAUGUCGCGGGAUGCAGCAGGUCCAUGGUCAGCCACUGGUCCAGGUCCGAGUCCUGCUCCUGCUCCGGCUCCUGCAGCUGAGGGAGAGACGGAUUCCUUAUCCACAGCUCAGAAGAGCAUGCUGAAAUGGGAGAAAGAGGAGACGCUGGGGGAACUGGCUACCGUGGCCCCCGUCCUCUACACGAACGUCAACUUCCCCAACCUCAAAGAGGAAUACCCAGACUGGCAAACACGAGUCAAACAAAUCGCCAAGUUGUGGAGGAAAGCAAGUUCUCAAGACAGAGCUCCAUAUGUGCAAAAGGCCCGGGAUAACAGAGCAGCACUACGCAUCAACAAAGUACAAAUGUCUAACGAGACGAUUAAGAGGCAGCAACAGCCGCAGACCUCGCAGCCUUUGGAAGUGUUUGAUCCUGCUAUUCCUCCUCUGGACCCUGAGCUUCUUUUCAAGGAUCCUCUAAAGCACAAGGAAUCCGAACAGGAACAGGAAUGGAAGCUGAGACAGCAAAUGAGACAGAAAAGUAAGCAACAAGCCAAGAUUGAAGCUACGCAAAAACUUGAGCAGGUAAAGAACGAGCAGCUUCAACAGCAGCAACAGCAGCAGCAACAACAGCAGCACGUCAAAGGCAGUCAAUCUGAUCUUGAUGGCUCUGGUAGCCUCCAGAGUCCAGCUUCAUCGCAGUCCAGCAAUGGGAACAUGUCUCCUAUGCAGCCCACCUCCAAGAAUGGGUUCUCUAAACCACAACUCCCAGGAACUCCCACAGCAGGUUCCCCAGAUGACGUCUUUUUACGCCCACACCCUCCACCCCCGUCUUCAGGAUCUCAGCCACAGUCCCCUCAGAUGUUCUCUCCAGGCUCUUCAGGUUCUAGGCCAUCAUCACCCUGGGAUCCUUAUGCCAAAAUGGUGGGCACACCAAGACCGCCACCAAGUGGCCCGGGUGCUGUCCGUCGGAAUUCUGAAUCUGGAAAAUCACCCAGGAGUCUCUCGGAGGACCGUGGGAAACCUUCAUCAGUUCAUGAAUCUGUCGGUUCACCAACAGCCUUUAAUGUUGAUCCAUAUGCUAAGCCUCCAGACACACCAAGACCUGCAGGUCCAACAGACCCCUUUCUCAAGCCUAUGUGCCCUCCCAGGGUAGGUCAGCCCAUUGAAGGGAGGCACAUAAUUGGUUCUCCAGGACAUGAUCCAUUCUCCAGGGGAGCUGUGAGAAAGGAAGCAUACCCACGAAUGCCUCAUAGCAAGAUGAUACUUUCAGAUCCCUAUGCCCGCCCUCUACUUGCUCCCAUCCCAGGAAGUAAUGAAUCUGGGUCUGUCCAGCCCUUCAAAACCCCCAUGCCUCCACCUCAGCCUCAGGAGUCAAAUGCAGCCAUGCACUCAAGAAGACCAAGUGGGGAUCCCUUUGAAAGACCAAUGAUACCCCCUCGUCCCGCAGAAGCUUUUGCGCAGGGUCAACAGAAUGACCUGUAUGCACAUCCCCCACUGACUCCGCAUCCUGCGAUGAAUGAAGGCUUUGAGAAUCAAGCAAGAGUUACACGGCAACCUCAGCCUCACCCUUUUACACAACCUGGGCCAAUGGCACAUCAGUCCAAUGGAAAUCCGUAUGCACGUACCCCCUCUACCUCUAGACCAGAUUUCUCUCAUUGUGAUCCUUUUGCCCAGUCCCCAUAUUCUAAUCCGUAUGCUCGAAUGCCAGGAACACCUAGACCACAUGACCCUGAACCUUACUCUCGCCAGUCUGCCACAUCUCAUCCUGUCAUGAUGAACCAACCUUCCCAGCAAACACAGCCUCAGAAUCGCAUGCAGUCACCAAUGUCGCUGGAUCCUUAUGCACAGCCUCCUGGGACACCACACCCAGGGGUAGCAGAAAGGUUCCCCAGACCCCAAAAUUUCCAAAGGAAUCAAGACCCAUUUAAUCAUCCCCCUGCAAUGGCUCGACCAAUAGGACCUGACCCUCAUGCCCAGCCAGUGGGAGUCACUCAGUCAUUACUCCAUGAUCCAUUUGCGCAAGGCCCUAGGACACCUCAUCCUGGAGGUGCAGCACAGGGUAUACGACCAGGACCCAUGUCCACUCAGGAUGCGUUUUCACCGCCUCAGGUCUUGAUGCAGGAUACAUUUGCCAGUCCAGCAAUUCCGGGGUCUCAGACUCCACGACACCCUGGUCUGGCAGAUGAAAACAGUAUGUCUCAGUCUCCGUCUAGUCAGCCAAGCCAGACUCCAGUUCAUGACCCAUUUGAACAGGCACCCAUGAAUCCUCACCCUCAGUUUGCAGAAAACAGGGAGCAACAAGGGUUGGGACAUAGCACUGUAGCAAUGGGACAACUGAACACUGAUGUUCAAACUGUUCCUCUUGUAGAAGCUGAGGAAAGGCUGAGACAGCGUCAGCGUAUUCGAGAGCUGCUUCUCCGGCAGCAGCAGCAAAAGAGUGCCAUUCGUCAAGACAAGAGCCCACAGGAGCAGCCACUGCCCAUGACUCCAGGAACCACGCAACACUGGAGUCAAGAUGCCCGAGGUCAGCAAAAUGACAUAUUCAACCGACCACCUCCACCAUAUCCUGGUCCAGGAGCUGUGAGAGGCCCUCAGAGAUUCCAUGGACCAUACCCAGGAGAUCAGCGAGGCUCUUUUGCUGAUGGGCAAUUUCCAAGACCCCAGUUUCCCGGAGACACAAAUAACCUCAGGCAACCCGGACCCAGGUUGGGCUUUCCCGCUGGUGUUCAAGGGCCUGGUUUAAGACCCUCCAUGAAUCAAAUGCAAGAUUCAAUGAUGGAAGGUCAUCCGCAAAUGAGAAGGUCCAUGUCUAUAGAUCUGGGGAAGUCAUUAGGACCAAUGGGACUACAGGCUUUACCACCUCAAGGCAUGCAUAUGCAGCAACACAAUAUCAUGGGACAACCUUUUAUAGAACUCAGACACAGACCUCCUGAGAGCAGGCUCCGGCUUCCCUUUGGACCUCCUGUUAUGCAGGGAAACCGAAUGGAAUCACCUUCACAACUUCAGCGACCUCCAGGUUUCAUGAGUGGGCAAGAAAUGGGCUUUUCAAACAAUCAGGGUCCUAAACUCUUGGAUUCUAGUAUGAAUCAAACUCAGGGAGUAGGUACAAAUAUGCAUGGGACAAUGAGUAUGGAUAACUUGCAUCAGUCCAAUGUUCCGAUAAGAACCGGGCAAAUUCCAAUCAUGAGGUCAAUGAGCCAACCUGCUUCAAAUGAGACUUUCAGUGGAACUGCUCCAUCAAAUUUUCCUGCAACAUCAUCUGGACCAUCGAGUGAGGUUGAGUUACCCAUAAAUGAAGGAUCUGAGGAGAAGAUUGAUGCAGAUGAAUCAGCUGUGAAGGACCUUGAAGAUGUGGAGGUCAAGGACUUGGUGGAUACAGAUUUAGAGAACUUAAAUCUUGAUGCAGAUGAUGGAAAAGAUCUGGAUCUGGAAGCUAAUGACCUGCACUUAGAUGAUAUCUUUUUGACAUCUGGGAAAUUUGAUAUAAUUGCCUACACUGAUGCAGACCUAGACCUUAGUGAGGAUUUGGAUCUCAAUGAUCCCAUUGAUGACCACAAUGACAGUGCUGACCUCCAAAAGGAGCAAGUCGAGAAAAAGCCUGAGAGUCCAAAUGAUGGACCCUUAACUUCCAAUUCCACAUCUGCAGAAGGAAAAGCUGAGGAAAAACCUGAACAGUCAUUAGAUAACAUCAAAGAAGAAGAAAAUCAGGUUUCUUUAAAAGCAGAAAAAGAUAUCAAAACUGAGGUCAGUGGUGAUUCAUUACAAAAGCCUUCUUGUAAAAAUCAAAUAAACACUCCAGUUGUUAAUCAAGAAGACUUCAAAGGUAGCACGGAUGCCAUUCCAAAACAAGGUGUUCACCCUGAUGCUACUCCAGUGCUAUCUAGCUUACUUGUCAAUGUGCCUCCAGAUAAUAAACCACAUAAACAAGAGAACAGUGGUCAGCAAGUGACUCUUCAGGAACCUGGCCUACAACAGGCACUUAAUUCGACUCUGCUGGAUCAAGGGUCCAUAUCUGUACAAGGAAUGAAUUCUGGCCUGGUGGUAGACCAAUCAAUGGUUUCUUCUCAAACUGAGGGUUCAUUAGAUGUCCAUUCAGGUUCCAUGCAGGAUCAACCCUCAGGUUCUGUGUUUGGAGUGGAUCAGAAGGAUGCUCUGCUUACGGUAGAACAAUCUGGCAUUCUUCCUCAGACCCAACAAGCCAUGUUGUCCCAGCAGGGCCAACAGAAUCGACCGCUGCUACUGGAGGAGCAGCCACUCCUGCUGCAAGAUCUUCUGGAUCAGGAGAGGCAGGAACAGCAGCAGCAGAAGCAGAUGCAGGCUAUGAUCAGACAGCGGUCCAAUGACUCAUUCUUCCCUAAUAUAGAUUUUGAUGCCAUUACCGAUCCUAUCAUGAAAGCAAAGAUGGUGGCCUUGAAAGGAAUCAAUAAAGUAAUGGUUCAGAACAAUAUGGGAAUGUCACAGAUGGUCAUGAACAAAUUUCCCUUGGUUCAAGCUCAAGCUGGUCAGGGACCACAGGCUCCGGAUGGAUGUGUUCCUCCCCAGCAGACAAUGGCACAGGAUGGCAAACUGGCUCCAUACAUGACAAGACCCAGUCCUCCAAGUUUUGGUCAAGGAUUCACCAAUGAAGCCCAGAAAAUACAGUACGAAGACUGGCUUCGGGAGACCCAAAAGCUUCUUCAGAUGCAGCAGAAGUUUCUUGAGGACCAGAUUGGGGCUCACAGAAAGUCAAAGAAGGCCUUGUCGGCUAAGCAGAGAACAGCUAAGAAAGCUGGACGGGAGUUUCCUGAGGAAGAUGCUGAGCAACUGAAACAUGUCACAGAGCAGCAGGGUGUGGUGCAGAAACAGCUUGAACAGAUUCGGAAGCAACAGAAAGAGCACGCAGAGCUGAUAGAAGAGUACAGGGUCAAACAGCAGGGGGCCAUGCAGCCUCAGAUGAUGCCUGGGAUGUUGCCAAUGCAAAGUCAUCCAGGCAUGAUGCCAACUGGCCCUGUGAACCAACCUGUUAUGGGUCCAGCCAUGCCCAUGCAGAUGCAUCCAAACCAGGCAAAUAUUCCCAACAUGCCUGGUUGGCGUCCUGGAGCUCCAGGCCCUGUUGGUCCUCAGAUGCCGGGUGUAAUGCCUCCUCAGAUGAUGCAAGGCCCUGCUUCUCAGCAAACGUUAGCCAGGCCUGGUCAGGUGCAAGUCGUCGGGGAGUCUCCUCAUGUGAAUUUUGAUGACACCAAUCCAUUCAGUGAAGGUUUCCAGGAACGAGAGAGAAAGGAGAGGCUUCGGGAGCAGCAGGAGAGGCAGAGGGUGCAGCUGAUGAAGGAGGUGGAGAGACAGCGCAUGAAACAGCGCAUGGAAAUUGAGCAGCAACAGCAGCAAGGCCUCCUCAGCCAGAUGCCCUUUUAUAACCAGAACUUGCCUCAGGACUUCAUGCAACAACAUAGAUCUCAGCAGCAAAUGCAAGGGCCAGGAUUUCCCCAGCAAUCAGGCAUGCAGCCUGGAAUUGGAGCCCCUUCUUCUGGACCCAUGAUGGGAAGUGGCCCCUUCCCUCAGGAAGUAAGACCAGGUUUUGGGCCAGAUAACCAAGUACCACAUGGAUCUCAUUUUGUUCAGGGGCAACCCAGACCCCCAAGAUUCCCUGGAUCAAAUAUGGUACAUCAGAAUCCAGGUCAGGGUCAUCCUUUUGGCAUAGAAUCAACUACUCCUCUUCCACCAAACUUUCCCGGAUCUGGUCCAUCCCUGAUUCAGCUUUAUUCAAACAUCAUCCCAGAUGAAAAGGCAAAGAAGAAACGGAACCGUAAGAAGAAGAACGAUGAGGACUCUGAGUCUUUAAGGGCACCAUCUACACCGCAGUCUGACCUAACCGCCCCAUUGACACCCUGUGUAUCAGAUACUUCAUCCACACCCACCAGGAAUCCCUUGCUCUUCGGAGAGCAGGAGCUGUGCGAGACCUCCCAGCCUGGCUCCUCCACCCCAGGCUCUCAGAACAGCCAGCACCACUCCGAGCUGGAGCGACAGCUUUCGGAAGGUAGCUAUUGCGGAGCAUCUGAGGUAACCAUGGGUCAGCAGGACAUACAGGACAAGAUUCUCAGUAAUAUCAAGUUGGAAAGAAUUGAAGCCAGUGACUGCCAUGGUCCAAAAGGCACUGACAUGAACAUGGGUAUGAGCGUAGUAAAAGUGGAAGGGGACAAGGAAGGCAUGUCGCCACAUCCCACAGGCCAAAGUCCGGCAGGUAGCUCAAAAGGAGAAGGUGGCAAUGAGCUCCUGAAACAUCUCCUGAAGAACAAGAAGACUCCUCCGCCCCCAUUACCCCACCAGAAGUCUGAGGACAGCAUGAGAUCAGAGGAGGAAACCUCAACGGAUAGCAAGGCUCUUCUGAGACAGAGCUCCAUAGACAGCAGCGGGACCUUCUCAGACAGCCAGCUCUCGUUUAACCCUGACUUCAGCAGCCCUUUAAUGUCUGAGGACAAGAAAAAGCAAAGGACCAAGCGUGCUCCAAAGAGUGGGGAACGUCCAGGCCCUCGCUCCAAAAAGAGGAAGAAGGAGGAGGAUGAGAGACAAGCUAUGUAUCACUCCACUGAACCAGUAAUGACUAAUCUGAAACAGCAGCAGCAGCAGAUCUCUCUCUUGCCCCUGAUGGAACCUCUGGUCGGUGUAAAUUUUGCCCAUUUCGUGCCCUACGGCAGCGGGCAGCUAGAUGGUGAAAGCCGUCUUUCGGGCACUUUUGGAAGUGCCUCAUUGGACGGAAUGUCGGAUUAUUACUCCCAGCUCAUUUACAAACAGAACAACCUGAGUAACCCUCCAACCCCUCCAGCAUCUCUGCCUCCCACACCUCCACCCGUGGCGCGCCAGAAGUUGCUCAACGGCUUUGCCACCACAGAGGAACUGGCCAGUAAAGCAGCUGUCGUGGGCGGCCAUGAUGUGACCAAAGGGCUGCCUUCAAGACCGUUGCAUGUACCUUUUAAGACAGAGGAGGAGCUCUUUGCCAGAGCUCUUGCUCACGGCCCCAAAACAGUAGACGUACCUGCUUCAUUACCCACGCCCCCUCACAACAAUCAGGAAGAGCUGAGGGGACAAGAGCACUGUGAGGACAGGGACACACCGGACAGUUUUGUUCCUUCCUCGUCUCCGGAGAGCGUGGUUGGCAUGGAGAUCAGCCGCUAUCCGGAUUUGUCUCUGGUCAAACAGGAGCCUCCGUCUCCAUCACUCUCUCCAGUCAUGCCCAUGUUCCCGAAAUCCAGAGGGAGAGGCUCUGAGACUAAGCUGAGGGAGAUUAAAACUGAGCCCUCAUCCAUGUUCUUUGGCUCUCCAUUUGGAACACCGCAGAAUGGCCCCGGUCUCGUCUCCAUAGCCAUCACGCUGAAGCCUGCUGCCGCCGAGAACAUCACCGACGUGGUAGCGGCCAUUGCCAACCUCAUCCGGGUGAAGAUCCCUAGUAGUUACGAAGUGAGUGGUGGACCAUGGCCGCACGGCAGUCUGGGUACCCAUAAGGCCUUGGUGCAAGGCCUUGAGCCGCGUCCCGUGCAGGCUCAUGGGGCAGAACGGAUGAACUCACAAGCAGGAGCGCAACAUCGGCAGAAUCAGCACCUGGAUAAAAGUCCAAUGAGAGGUAGAGAGCAGUAUCGGGACGGCUCGAGCAGCCCGGGCCCGAAGCCACAGUGGUGCCGCCAUUGUAAGGUGGUCAUCCUGGGGGGCGGUGUGAGGAAACCCAAAGAUCAUCAAAGCAAAGCGCAGGACUCUCAGCCAAGCUCUGAUGGAGAUCUGGUGUUCUGCAGCCAUAGUUGUCUCAUACUGCACUCGUCUUCACAAUCCAAAGGCAGUGGUGACACCAAGGCAUCUGUGGCCCUGCUUUCAGACGUGUCUGUGAAAGGAAGUCCAUCCAAAGCACAGCACCAGUACAACAACAACAUGUCCUCUUUAGAUGUCCACUGUUUGGCCCAGCUUCAGCCCAAGACUUUGCCUCCUUCCCCCUCUCAGCCUGGACGCCAUGUCACUCCUACUGCACCCGAGCCUCUAAAAAUGCAGCCCAAGUUGGAGCCAAGUCUUCCCGAAGGGCAGAAUCUCAAAGUGACCGUAAAGCUCAAGCCUCGUUUGCAGAACCAAUCGGACGAGAAGCUUUGGCACCAUGGAAAACGCUGGAAAGGCCUGCGUUGGCGCAAAUGGACGAUGCAGAUUGUGGUCCCAAAACCCGGAUCUCCAGCACCGGAAAAGGCUGUGGAGGAUCUCCUGCUUCAGCUGAACUCAUCUCUGCGUCCUUGCUCGUCUCUCCGAGACCGGCGCCGCUGCUGCUUCUGCCAUCAGGAGGGUGACGGGGUGACAGAUGGUGCUGCUCGUCUCCUCAACCUGGACCUGGACACAUGGGUUCAUCUGAACUGUGCCCUCUGGUCCUCAGAGGUGUACGAAACCCAAGCAGGUGCCCUGAUCAACGUGGAGCAGGCACGUCAGCGGGGUCGAACCAUUUCCUGCGCCUUCUGCCAACGCCUGGGCGCCACCAGUGGUUGCCACCGACUCCGAUGCCUCAACGUCUACCACUUCACAUGCGCUUUGCAGGCUGGCUGCACCUUUUUUAAGGACAAAACCAUGCUGUGCCACCAGCAUCGGCCCAGAAUCUCUGGUUCUGGUGCCCUUCUGCACCUCGAGGACCAGCAGUUGCGCUGUUUUUCUGUUUUCCGUCGUGUCUACGUCCAACGUGACGAACUACGCCAGCUGGCAGCUGCUGUUCAGCGUCCAGAGCUUGGACAUACCUUUCGCGUAGGCAGCUUGCUCUUUCACACUAUGGGGCAACUUCCACCUGCCCUGAUGCCCAACUUCCACUCAUCCAACACCAUUUUCCCACUCGGAUAUGAGGCUAGCCGUCUGUACUGGAGCAUGAGGCAUGGGCACCGUCGUUGCCGCUACGUAUGCACUGUUGAGGAGCGCCAAGGGCGUCCAGAGUUCUGCAUCCGAGUCCUGGAGAAGGGCUACGAAGAUCUGCUGCUCACCGACACCACGGCUAAAGGAGUGUGGGAUAAAGUCCUGGGCUCUGUAGCAGAACGGAGGGCAGAAACAGGAAUGCUGCGUCUUUUCCCGAUCUACCUGAAAGGAGAAGAUCUGUUCGGUCUCACCGUGUCCGCAGUGACGCGCAUCGCCGAAUCACUGCCAGGUGUGCAGGCUUGUUCGAGGUACCGCUUCCGUUACGGACGCAACCCGAUGCUGGAGCUUCCUUUAUCCAUCAACCCCUCAGGCAGCGCCCGAUCUGAGCUCAGGAGCUACCCGCAGGGUCAAAGGUUAGAGAUCUUAUCUACGUGGAACCGGACGUCUUUAGCGAUCCAGAACUCGGCUCCUCCGGAGGCCGGCUCGUCCCACAGUAAACACUUUGUUCACUCCAAGUCGUCUCAGUACCGGCGACUGAGCAGCGAGUGGAAGAGCAACGUUUACCUCGCUCACUCACGCAUCCAGGGCCUGGGACUCUUCGCUGCUCGGGACAUUGAGAAGCAGACGAUGGUGAUCGAGUAUCUCGGAAACAUCCUCCGUAACGAAGUGGCCAUGAGGAAGGAGCUGCACUACAAGACCAAGAACCGAGCGGCGUUCAUGUUUCGCAUCGACAGCGACUGCGUGAUCGACGCUACUUGCUCUGGAAGCCCUGCAAGGUACAUCAAUCAUUCCUGCUCGCCAAACUGCGUGGCAGAGGUCGUGACCUUUGAGCGAGGAUACAAAAUCAUCAUCAGCUCCAACCGCAGGAUCGAGAAAGGAGAAGAGCUGUGCUACGAUUACAGACUGGGUCUGGUGGACAACCACAGCAAGGUCGCGUGUCUGUGUGGGGCAGCAAACUGCCGCAAGUGGAUGAACUAGAUUACGUUUAUAAAAAAAAAAAACAGGAAAAGGACCCGGUCAUUCCUGAAGCUCAGCGGUGCCGAGACACUGAAGACUGAAGGCAGGAACGACAGAGGCAACAGACAGAGGAUCUUUUUUGUGCGAAAUCAAGAGGAAAACACACGUUUGUGUUAGAGCCAUUUGCAUCGUUCUCUGGAGGAGGUUCGAUUUAUCCUGCGCGCGCCUGUGUGCGUGUGUGUGUGUGUGCGUGUGUGUGCGCGUGUAUGUAAAGGGGAAAAUUUCACCAGCGAAUGAGAUGCGAAAGACGAGAGCGAGAGCGAUCACUGUACCGGUUAUGCCUUAUUGGUUGGAAAAGUGGGCGGAGCUAUCCGCGACUGUAACGUAGAACAUCACUGAACGAAGAAUGUAAGGACUUCCGCAAAGGGGAAAAAAAAAAAGUAACUUGCACUAAAAAGAAGAAGAAAACAGACGAAACUCACGAAAAAAAAGGACAAAUACUUGAUUCCAUGAGUCAGUUUUAAUCCUCGGUUGUUUUGUUUUGCUCUUUUUUUUCUUGUGUGUGUGUCUGUGUGUGUGUGUAAGAAAAAAUUGUGUUUUUGUAUUUAUUACCAUGUGAGUGAAUGAGUGCGCCUAUUUUUAAUGAUGUGAUAGAUUUAAAAAAAAAAAAAAAAAUCACGAAAAGAAAACAAACCAGAAACUGCGAACAGUAUGAAGAGAUUCUGUUACGUCUGUAAAUAAAAUGUACAUAAAUGAAAAAUAUCGGAAUGACGAUCGACCAAAUACUACCUUAUUCAUAUCGAUGUUUUAGAUGUGCUCUGUUUUUUUGUUUCGUUUUGUUUCUUUUCCUCCUCCUUUUAAAAAUUAUUUAAUGCAGAUGCGCCUGUUAUCCGUCUCAGAGGUUAUUUUAAAUGAAUAUUCUGUACAGAAUUGCAAAGGAUUUUCAAUAAGUAUUUUCUCUGUAUGGUAUCGUAGUGAUUUUGUGACUCAUUCUGACCACUUUUUUUUUUUAUUUUUUUUUUUUUUUUUGGCAGGGAGGAUUAGGUGUUAUGCUAAAGCAAACUGCUACCUUCAUAAGGGCUUCGUAACACAUGCAUAAGCCGUGAAUUGCACAUUUUAUAGGAUAAUGUAGGGCUUGUGUGUCUUAUAUGUGUACAUAUGAAGUAACACAAUCACUGAAUAACAAGAUUCGGGGAAAAAUAUUUUUUAAUAUUCUAAAAGCCAUGAGAAAACCGUUGGAAAAUGGACGCCUUUGAUAAGCUAGCUGAUGAAUAAUAUGACUAGAAGCUAAUAUUUUAUUAAUGUUUAUAUGAACGAUGAAAUGGCGCUAUACUAACGUGAAGGAUAUUUUUCUGCAAUUUCUUCCUUUUUUUAGUCAGGAAAGAUUAUAAUCCGUCAAUGAACUCAAUUUAUUUUUAUUUAUUGUUCUGUUUAUAUACACAUAUAAUGUAUAUACUCAUACAUUAUACUAUAGCUGUUAUUCAGUGCUUAUGCAUGUGUCAUGAAGUCGUUCUGUAGCUAGCCUUUUAAUAACAUGUUACCAAAAAGAUAUCGUAAUAAAUCUGGUUUUGCGAAAUGAAAUAAUCAUAACUCUAAAACAGAUUAGGCACAACUUGUAUGUUUAAUCCAGUAAGCUUUAGCCACCGUGACUUUUUUUAAAAAGAAAUUGUACAUACAGAUCACGCUUGGAAUUAUCGACUUGUCAAUAUUAGACACGUGUCGAUGGUUUGCGGAAAAUCUGCCAUUUUUGUGGUGACAGAAUUAUUUCCUUCUCCACAGAGAACCUGGCGAUAUUUUGACGUGUCCGUGAUAACAGUACGUAAUAUCAUGAUGUAAUUUAUAAUCGAUUAUCGGCACACGCCAGUAAUAUUUCGUCCUGUUCACAUUUCACACUUAGUCGUUUUGAAACUUUCUUUCUUCUCUCUUGUACACAAACUACCCAAUUUUACCCCAAAUUGUACAGGGCAUGAUUUUUUUUUUUUUUUUUCCAGAAAGACUCAGUUGUAUAUAUUUUGAACAGCUGUAUCAAAAAAAAUUGUUUCCUGAAUAUUUUUCUUGUCUUGUAAAAUAUGUCGACCUUUUCCCGGUGGUGUUUUUUCCCCCCUCCGCUGUAUAGUAGGUCUCAACAGUUUUGGAAAAUGAAGCCUUUUGAAGUACACAGAGCGAUUAUAGGGUUUGGUAUUAAAGGAACUGAAUUUAGGAACAUUUACAGAAAAAAAUAAAAUAUUUUACAUCAGUGGUUGUUCAUUGUGUCUGAAUGAAUUAUGGGCUGCGUGGUGCACAAAGUCUCAAGCGAUGCUAGCGCCAUUCUCAAGGACAUGAUCCAGGAAUAAACGAUUAAACAUCUGCUUUUAAAGUCCUAAAACACUGCAGUGAAACUUUCUAGAAUAUCAGUGAAAGCAGAUUUCUUGGGGG